AUGAACCCGAAUGUGAAACCCGUGUUUCAACCCAUCCGGCGAAUUCCAAUACCACUUGAAGAACAAGUUAAUCAGAAGUUGGAGCAGCUACUGAACAAAGAUAUUAUCGAGGUUAAGCAAGGGCCAGCAGCGUGGGUGUCGCCACUGGUAGUUGUUGGAAAGAGCAACGGGGAGCCAAGAAUAUGCUUAGAUUUGCGCCGUGUCAAUGAGGCAGUUCUACGCGAGAGACAUCCUAUGCCAGUCGUGGAUGAAUACUUAGCAAGACUCGGCACAGGAAAGUACUGGAGUAAGCUGGACAUUAAAGAUGCCUUUCUUAAGGUAGAGCUAGCGGAGGAAUCACGCGAUGUUACAGUAUUUAUAACAAACAAAGGCUUAUUCCGGUUCAAGCGGCUUCCCUUUUGUCUUGUCACCGCCCCCGAGCUCUUUCAAAAGGUCAUGGACCAGAUUUUAGCCGGUUGUGCUGGAACCUAUUGGUAUCUAGAUGAUGUCAUCGUUGAAGGAAAUGGCCGUGAGGAGCAUGAUGCGAGACUAAGAAAGCCCAUGAUCAGAAAAGAGAUGCCUAGCGGUCCUUGGGAAGACAUCGCCAUAGAUUUUUUGGGGCCACUGCCCAAUGGGGAAACUCUGCUCGUUGUUGUUGAUUACUAUAGCCGCAAUGUUGAAGUCUGCGAAAUGCAAGAUAUCACUGCGAAGCAAACAAUCGUAGAGUUAAGCAAAAUCUUCAGUCGCUUCGGUGUUCCGGUAACCAUUCGAGCCGACAAUGGGCCACAGUUCAAUCGCAAUUGCGAAGAAUUUACAACCUUCUGCAAUGAGUUUUAUAUUAGAUUGAUUAACACUAUCCCUUACUGGCCCCAACAAAAUGAUGAAGAUGUACGAGAUCAGGAUAAAGUCCAGAAGGAAAAGGGACGGGUAGCCGCCGAUGCGAAACGUAGAGCACGCCCUAGCGAAAUUGACGUAGGAGAUAGAGUUCUAUUGAAACGUAUGCGCAAGGAGAAUAAACUUAGCUCUAGAUUCGCUCCCAAAGAAUUCGUUGUUAUUCGGAAGACUGGUGCAGAUACAUCGGUGCGCUCAACGGAGGAUGGAAAAGAAUAUCGUCGAAAUGUGGCUGACCUUAAACGGAUUGAGCCUGAUAACAAUCAUUAA